AUGGCCCGGUCCCACAAGGUGGAACUGGCCGAGGCCCUGCAGAUGGGUCCCAACUGGAGACACCUCUGCUAUGUACUACUCUACGCGCCCAACCCAGGGAUGAUCUUCGGCCGCAUCCCGCUGCGGUACACCGUGCUGAUGCAGAUGCGCUUCGAUGGACGCCUGGGUUUCCCAGGCGGCUUUGUGGAAACUCAGGACAGGAACCUGGAGGACGGGCUGAACCGAGAGUUGCGCGAGAAAUUGGGAGAGGCGGUGUCUGCCUUCCGCGUGGAGCGCACAGAUUACCGGAGCUCACGCGCUGCGACAAAAACACAUGUAGUGGCCCACUUCUACACCAAGCGUCUAACCCUAGAGCAGCUGGAGGCUGUGGAAGCUAGCGCACCACGAGCGAAAGACCAUGGGCUGGAGGUGCUGGGCCUUGUGCGAGUGCCUUUGUAUACCCUACGGGAUGGUGUGGGAGGCCUGUCUGCCUUCCUGGAGAAUUCCUUUAUUGGCAAUGCCCGGGAGGAGCUACUAGGAGCCCUCCGUGACUUAGAAAUUCUGGAACCUGGCUCUUUCUCAGGACUUAAAACCCCAGCUCUUCACUAAAUGCAACCUUCCAAGGACCCAUGGAACCUGAGACUAGGACCUUGGUACUAGGGAUGGAGAGAUGGAGGGAUUGAGGCAAAGGGGAAUGUUUUCUCUUCUGGGCCUGAGAGAUGAUACCAGAUUAAAAGGAGAUGUGUGUGCAAUUUGUUUUGAGCAGAUGGCUUUCCCAACUCUUUGCAUCAGGGGCAGAAAUCCAUAGCUCAUCCCAGUGGUCCUGGCAGAUUCUCAGGGUCUGCUUCCUCUUUGUGCACGUGCACACACAGCUUGGAAACCUCAGGCUUGCCCAUGUACAGCCUGUGACCACACACAACCUGACCCUCUGUCCCAUGAUGUCCAGGUUAACCAGGAAGUGGCAUGUGUGUGGCUGGCCUUGUCACCCUCCCUGCCCCUUCCUGAGGAGGGGCUCCCCCUCUCCUGGAUGGCUGCUCUCCGGGGUCUAGCCCAGUCCAUGUUCACUGGGGAGGGCAGAGGCAGAGGACCCUCUGCUCCCUGAGAUGCCCCCACCCUUACCUGAGGGGUGACCAUAGCUGUGGGCUCCUGAAAGUGGCGGAGUUCCUAAUGGAUACCUCACCCUUUCUUCCCUUGAAGAUGAGCAUAAGUGGUCACACAGUCUCAAGGUCUUCUUGAACUGAUCAUGGAGCUGUCACUCAGUCCUAGUGUCUGGCCUCCAGGGCUUUUAUCUAUUAGCUGCCUUAGUCUCUGAGGAAGGGAACUGUCCGGGUCCCUGUUUAGCCCUUCCCUGUCAAAAGCCUUCCCAGAACUGAUAGCUGGGCCUUGAGACCUUCUGUUGUUUCAAAAGUUAGGUAACUACUAAAUGCCAGCUAUGGCAAACGGUACAGAAAGCCAUCU